AGCUGUGAGGACCUGCGUCAUUGCCGAACAAUGUGGAGCGUGGUGUACAGCUGCCUCCUCACGGUGUUCGCCUGCAUUUGGACAGCAUUUCAUCCAGAUGUGGAAAGUAAUUCUACUCGGUCGAGACUGGGUUCUCAUAUAAGCCGGAUGCUCAAUAUACUGGUCUUGCCAGAGUUUGCUGUUGGUGAGGCAUGGCAUGAUUUUUCCAUGGCUUGCCGCAUAUCGAAAAAGUGUGAUGAAAUUCAAGGAUGGACGCAUGCUCAUUCACAUUUCGUUGUUAUGGGUGGUUUCUUCGAUCCGUCCAAACAGAAAGCUGUGGUACCAGACAAGGAUGAGGAUCCUGUUGCCCUCUUUGAGAAAUACCCUGGCAUAAUCGGCAAGUCAGGAGAUCGCAGGAAGGUCGCAAUAAACGAGGAGCAGAUCCUUGACAAAAGUAAAGGGGACCAUUUCUCAAAGUCUAUUGUCACCAUCCAGUUGCUAUGGUUCACCGCUCAAUACAUUGGACGAUGGGCGGCUCAUAUACACAGGUCACAGCUUGAAACAACAACUCUCGCUUACGCAGUACUCAGCAUCCUUGCUUAUGGGUUGUGGUGGCAUAAACCACUGGAUGUGCAU